AUGUCCAGUUUCGAGCAGCAGAUCGUCAUCGAUGGCAAGGGCCAUUUGCUCGGUCGCCUUGCCAGCACCGUGGCUAAGCAACUCCUUGAAGGCCAGAAGAUCGUUGUUGUGCGAUGUGAAGCCCUCAACAUCUCUGGAGAGUUCUUCCGUGCGAAGCUAAAGUACCACGCCUACCUGAGGAAGAUGACUAGAUACAACCCAACCCGAGGAGGUCCCUUCCAUUUCCGCGCUCCUUCAAGAAUCUUCUACAAGACCGUCCGUGGCAUGAUUCCUCACAAGACCGCCCGUGGUGCCGCUGCUAUGGAGAGACUCAAGGUCUUCGAGGGUGUCCCACCACCAUACGACAAAACCAAGCGCGUUGUCGUUCCCCAGGCCCUGAGAGUGUUGAGAUUGAAGCCAGGCCGCAAGUACUGCACUGUCGGCAGAUUGAGCCACGAGGUCGGCUGGAAGUACAAGGAUGUCGUUGAGAGACUUGAGGAGAGACGAAAGGUCAAGGGUGCCGCAUACUACGCACGCAAGAAGGCUGCGCGAAGACAACUAUCAGAUGCCACAAAGAGCGCGAAGGUUGACGAUGCGACCAAGAAGCAGUUGGCUGAGUACGGCUACUAG